ACAACACUAGGGUUUUGUUUUCUCUUUGGCUGGUUUAUAUUCGUGGAAUAUUACGCCUUAAUUCGGCUAAUACUACACCCAGGAGAGGAAAAUAACAGUCAGAGAGCCAUUUAAGAGAUCACACAAGUUAUUUCUACUUCCAAAGCUGAAAACUGGAAAGAUUUCUUCGACUUCAAAGAGACGAAUCUCCGCCAUGUUUUAGGAACAUUUCACUUCAAUGAAUCAAGCUCCAAAAAGCCUUGAAAUAUUCAUCCUGGGAAACUGUUUGGAUCAUUGAAAUGUUACUUGACUUGUCUUUGGAUGUUUUGUCAUCGUUUCAGACUAUUUUAACGCAUUUUACGAGAAGAAAUCAAUUUCUUAGAAAGACUGUUUGUUUUAUUUUUGUGAUUUUCGUUGGCUUCACCUUGGAAAUCGUCUUAAGCGACUCAACAAGCUGUGAUUAUCGUCUGACCAAAUCUCCAGGGGUCAUCAACAGCCCAAAUUACUCAAACAGAUACCCAGAUUCAAUGACUUGUAGCUGGAAAAUCCAGGUCCCAGAGUACGACAAGAUACUAUUGACUUUUAUAAUUUUCGAGGUCGAGCAAGGGAGCUCACCAUCAGUGUGUGACAGAGAUUUUGUUGAAAUUAUCGAUGGAACAAGGAGCUUGGGGAAAUUUUGUAAUAGUCGCGAAAAGUAUCCCAGAGGUACUAUAAAGUCUAGUUCUAAUACUUUGACUGUUAAUUUCAAGUCAGAUCCCUUUACUAGUAAAGUGGGGCUUUUUCAUGCUAUGUAUAAGAGAGAGCCAUGUGGGGAAUUUUUGACUGGUUUGAAGGGAGAAAUCAGCAGUCCUGGUUAUCCAGGGCCUUACCCUGCCUUGAAGAAAUGCACAUGGAGAAUUCUUGUACCCACGGAUAAGGUCAUCAAGUUUUAUUUCCUGGACUUUACUCUGGAUCCGUCCUCAAAGUGUAAUCUGGAUUACAUCAGAGCUGUUGAUGGGAUUAAUGCCACUUCACAACUCAUUGGCCACUUCUGUGCCAAGAGAGUGCCGCCUAAAGAAAUCCGCUCUACUGGGAAUGAAAUGCUGGUUGAAUUUCAGUCAUUUAAACCUACGUUGUCAUCAGGGUUCCACGCAUUUUAUGAAACUGAGCCCCACUGUGGAGGACUUCUAAGGGGAGGAAUGGCAAGCUUCACUUCACCUGGAUAUCCUAAUCUUCCUAAUCUUAAAGACACUGAAGAAUGUAUUUGGACCAUUGAGGUUGAUAAGGGAAAGAUUAUUUCCAUUGUGUUUGGUGCAUUUGACAUCAGAACAUCGAAUCUUGGCAAUAAAUGUGCCAACGACUAUGUAGAGAUCGUCAAUGGGCCAGAUAUAGCAUCACGUAGUCUUGGGAAGUUUUGUGGGAAGGAAGAUAAAGUGCCUGUUUCAAUGCGUUCGACAGGAAACAGCAUGGUGGUAAAGCUACAUCGUAGUAUCUUAUCAGCUGGAGACGGUUUUUCUGCAACCUACAUGUCAGUAGAUCCCAAAAACAUGUAUGAUAAGUGUACUGAAACAUCCAAUGAGUUGUUAUUUAGGUGUAAUAACGGGAACUAUAUUCAGUGCCAAUGGAAAUGCGAUGGCACCGAUGACUGUGGUGAUAGAUCAGAUGAAGUUAACUGUGUCAAAGACCAGAGCAAGUCCAUUACCACCAGUAAAGUAAGAAACUACAUCAUCAUACUGGUCUCUAUUACUGGCUCAGCAGUUGCUAUUGCUUUGGUAGUUUUUAUCAUUGAUAGAUUUAGGAGAAAAACAAGAUCUCGGGCAAGUAGGAGGCGGAGACGCCGUCAUGCCCGCCGCAAUCAUUGCCAUGAAGCUGACUUGCAGGAACCAUCUUCCCCUCCACCUUCAUAUGACUUUGCAGUUGCAAUCUCUGAUUGUUGCGAUACAAAUGACAGUCCUCCCCCUUACACCAACUCGAUAACUCCAUUUCCUUCUACCGAGGUAAGUGAAGAUGUUUCAUCUAAUCAGACAGAGACUUCAGAUGCAGAACAGACUGUCUCUGUAGAGCAAAUUUCUCUUGGGCAAGAAAUUACAAACCAGGAAGAGAUCACUAGCAGUAUAGAUUCCACAAGCCUGGGAGAAUCACCACCUUCAAAUGAUACAUCACCUUUAAUUGUUUAGAACAUCUUAUGUUAUUUUUAUACCCUUAUAUGUACAGUGCUUCUCAAUAACAUGUUUGAAAUCUUGCAAUUUGCCAUCUCAACAACAUACUGUAGGUUUUGGUGGACAUCAAUCAAGGCAAUUACAUGACAUAUCAUAGGCAUGUGGCCUUGAAUAAUUGAAAAGGACGUGUUAUCUGAUGAUGUAUUAUUGAAACACUUUGGCAAUUUCCAACUAAACCCUAUUUUGUUUCAAAAGAAAAUUUUCCGAUUUCAAACGUGAAUGAGAAGUGCUAUAACCAUAUCAUCAUUAUUAAGCAGGGUUUAUAUGUAAUAUAUAUAAUUUAAGUAAUGCUUUGUAUUCCCUUUGAUCAUAAUGAAGAAAUAAAAAAUGGGCGCAAGUGCUGUGUGCAGUUAUAAAGCACACAGGCGUUGGCAGAACACAAGAGAAGUGUUAGGAGAAGCACAACGCAUAGGGAAGUGCUU